AGAGAAGCUAUGUCUUCACCGCGCUGUCAUCGUCUCUAUAUAACAAACAUUAAACACAAGUUUAACUGUGAUAUAUUUUUCCCUAAAAUACCAAAUAGUUUCAAAGAAAUAGGACCGGAUCCGGAGACGCCAUUAGGUGUACAGCAGGAAAAUGGUGUGCAAUAUGAAUACAAAAUUUACCAAAAAUAAUCCUUAGUUAAUUAAAUAUAUUAUAUAAUAAGUUUGAUAGCAAUAAUAAUUGAUAAUUAAUUAAAGUUAAGUGUUUUUUUUUUUUAAUUUGUUAACAAUAUAUAAGCUAACAGAGCUAUGGAACAAAAAAAACGAGUAUCUUUUGAUUUAAAAAAAAUAAUGUUCAAAAAGUAUCUUUCUUGUUAUGUACACUAAUGUAAUGAGCAUAAUAUUAAACAAUAUCUUUGUAUUAUUUCCUGAAAAGGAAGGGGAAACUUUGAAGUCAAACUUAAGGCAACAACAAGUUUAAAUUUCCUUUUCCGCGAUAAGUUAAAGAGUGCAUUAUUUUGCAUCAUUUUAUUUCAAUAACUUUUCAAUAACUACUACUAACUAAAUAUUUAUAACUAUUUUUAUACGUACAUAUAUGUUCAAUACUAUCUAUGUUGGCGCAUUUAUAAAAAUAAUAUGUCAACAAAUAUUGUAAGUUGCCGGUUAUUCACCCUAGAAAAGAUUCACCAACAGUGUUGCCAAUACAUUGUGUUGUAAAGUAUCCGGAACCUAUAUAGAACUUGAUAAAUUAAUUUGUUAAUAUGAUGUGCUACCGCAUAUUAAGACUAAGAUAAUUUAUUUUUGAGAUUUUUAAUAACGUUAAUCUUCAUGUUUUUUUAUUAUCAAAACUAGUAAUAUUUGUUAAAGUUAAACAACGAUGUUUAUCAUUUAUAUGACUAGCAAUAUUAUUUGUGUAAGUAAAUUGAAUUUGCCCGGCAACACUUGCAAAGUGCUUAUAGAACACAGAUGGUGAAGUAUUUUGAUCAUUGUAUAAACCUACAAUGAUUUUGAUUAUUAGUGUUUAUUCCUGUUCUUCCUUAUCUAUCAAUUAAUUUUUGGAAAAAAAUAAUUUCAAUAAAUUUGCUUGUUUUAUAAAAACGCCUGUAUAAGAUUGCGUUAGAAGUGUGUUAUCAAAGCAAAUCUCGAAAUCAAAUAAUUAUGGAAUCUGCGUCACAAACAGUUUCUUCAGAACAAAAACUAACAACAGAUCAAACAAAUGCCGAUGUUGCUACAAAGCCUGUUGUAGAUAUGACUUUUACGAAGGAAUUGCGUAAAGCAACGAAAGACGUGCAUAAAAUUAGUGAUGUGCUCGUGAAUGCAAAAUUUGCUUUAGCGCUAUCGGACGAUGCUGUUUGGUUUGAUGGUUUAUUAGCAUUUUACGAAGUUUACAGAUUCUUGGAGGAAAAUCUUCCUGAAAACUUACUUCCCAAAGAACUUCAUCGCAAAUCAGCUUUUGAACAAGAUUUGGCGUAUUACCUUGGCAAAAAUUGGAAAGAUAAUUACGAACCAAGGGAGAGUGUUAAAAAAUAUAUCGAUCAUUUAGAAGAAGUCAAUGCAAAAAAUAAAUUACUCUUGUUUGCGUACGCCUAUCAAAUGUAUAUGGCUUUAAUGUCUGGCGGUCAAUUACUACAAAAGAAACGAAUGAUUAAGAGAAAACUUUGGUUUGGUAAACAAGCUGAGGAGGAAGAGGAAGAAGUGAAAUUACCUAAUUCAAACCCGGAAGUUGACGAUUUAGAGAACCGUCCAAUGCCCAGCCAAGUUACCAUUUGCCCAGAGGGAUGUGCUGCAACAUAUUUUCCGGAGAAAAUUUCAGUUUUGAAGGAUAAAUUACGACAAGUACUCAAUGAUAAUUAUGGAAAUUUUAAUGACGACCUACGUGCCGAAUUUAUAGAAGAGAGCCGUAAUGUUUUUAUUUACAACGGCGAUGUUGUUCGUUCUAUAAAGGGUGUUAACCGUGCAAAUUUAAGAAAGUUGGCGAUGGUUUUAGUUUUUGUGAUGGGUGUAUAUUUCGCUUUAAAACUAGCUAAGCGUUAGAACCUGGACUAAUUGUGUAGACUGGUAAAGAUAAAAAAUAUAUAUGUAUAUAGUUCAGUGCUUCAAAAUACAAAAUAACCAUAAAAAAUAUUGGGUGUUAACUGUCCCUUAAAAAUAUAAAUUUUAAUUAUGUAACCCUACUUUAUCUAGAGAAUAUAUAUAAUAAAAAACGUUCUCGACUUUAUCUUGAAUAACAAAAACAUGUUAAA